AUGUCUUCCUCGUACUACGAGCCACAGGGUUGGCAAGCCCCUGUUCGCCAGGCUUCAUGGGAGCAACCCGUUCCUCCCUCCCGGUCAGGGACGAGCUCGGUCUCCCAGCGAGAUGAACCCUCGGCGUUUUCCUCUCAGUUCGAUGAAGUCGAUCGUGCCAUCGACAACUUAGCCAAAAGUGGGAAACUCUUCAACGGUCCACGAAGAGAUUCGAUGCCGAUGAUGAUGAUGGGCCGUCAAUUCCCAGACUACGAUCCUCGCUUGUCCGGUGGCAUCCCCCCUCAGAGACAUCACUCGGUGAGCGAGUUCGAUCCAUCUCGCGGCGGCCACCCAGGGUCUGCCCUACAAGGUUUCUACGCCUCCCAGCGAUUUCAGGGCCGACAGUCAGAGACGGAACAAAUAAUGCAGGCAAAGCGUCGAAUGGCAGCGCAACGUGAACGGGAGCUCCGUAAUUAUCAUCAGGAGCAACAGUACAAUCGCAGCCUUCUUGCCGAGAUGUCGGGAAACAAAUCCGAACGCUCUCUGAGUCCCGCUGCGAUGAGUGAAGAGGGUCGCCGUGACCUGAUCGCACGCCAACAUCGCGCUCUAUACGGAAAUGAAAGUCCCGCCUUCUUCCCCUCGGGAUCUUUGGGCGACGAUGCCCACAGCGCCCGCACCGAUAAUGCCAACAGCGCCACGCCGACUUCUGGUACCGGCGGAGUUGGAUCGUCUCCCCGAGGGAUCGAUCCCUUCGGAUUGCCUCAACCGCAACCCGAAGGCCUGGUUCAAGGCGGUGCGCCUAACACAGUAGCGGGUCGCCAAUCGCCCACACGUGCAAAUAGCACCCGCUCCCCCAGCACUGGAGGCGCCUCGUACGGUUUAUAUGAGAGCAAUGUCGAACAAUCGGCCACUUCCACCUCAUCUCCUGGAGGAACAGACUCGCCGUCGUCGCGACAAAUGCCAUCGAAACCUAGCGGUUCCGUCGGCCCUAUCGGCUCACGCCCGUCGCAGCCUACUACCAGCCAGGCAGCAAACUCGGCCUUGAAUAAACGGUCUACCACCCCAUUGCCUUCCCCCUUGGGACUGGGAUUCACACCAAAUGAGGCUGCCGCAUCUGCAAACGAGCGCUCGACAUCUUCCACGUCCAAUCAUAUCAACCCUGCACAUGCUAGCAACAAAGAGUCCGCUUUUGCUUCUGGAUGGGGCACUAACAGCGGUGUCUGGGGCUCCAAAAAUCUGGGUGUUCAGGCUUCCGUCUGGGGCUAA